AUGGAUGCUUCAAAACCCACUGCGGUUUUCUUCAUCACCAUCCUCUUUAUGCUCAUUUCUUUGCCACCCAUCCAAGCUUGUUCCUACUGCCCUUCUCCACCAACAACCACUAAGCCGCCUCACCACGGAGGUGGUGGAUCUCACCCAUCACCUACUGAACCGCCUCACCACGGAGGCGGUGGAUCCCAUCCAUCACCUACUAAGCCGCCUCACCAUGGAGGAGGUGGUGCCUCUAAACCACCAUAUAAGCCACCUCAUCAAGGCGGUGGCGGCGGCGGAGGUGGUGGCGGUGGAGGAGGUGGCGGCGGCGGUGGCGGUGGCGGUGGCGGUGGCGGUGGAGGAGGUGGCUCUAUACCAUCUCCUCGCCCACCAAUUAUCCGUCCACCAAUCAUAAUGCCGCCGCCUCACCCACCUAUUGUUCACCCACCAAUUGUUCACCCACCAAUCAUAAUGCCGCCACCGAACUGUCCUCCUCCUCCUAUCGGUGGCGGAGGUGUUCCACUUCCUCCCAUUGGUGGCGGAGGUGUGCCACUCCCUCCCAUUGGUGGCGGUGGAGGUGGAGGUGUGCCACUCCCUCCGCUACCUCCCAUUGGCGGCGGAGGUGGAGGCGUGCCACUCCCUCCCAUCGGAGGUGGAGGUGUGCCACUUCCUCCGCUACCACCCAUCGGCGGCGGAGGCGGAGGUGUGCCAAUUAUUCCUCCGCCGGCUAUGUGUCCGAUAGACGCCCUGAAAUUAGGUGUGUGUUUGGAUGUGUUAGGAGGAUUGGUGCACGUGGGGAUAGGGAAUCCAGUGGAGCAUGUAUGUUGUCCGGUGAUUAAUGGUUUGCUUGAGAUUGAAGCAGCAGUUUGUCUAUGUACAACCAUAAGGCUAAAGUUGCUUAAUCUUAACAUAUUCCUUCCUUUGGCACUUCAACUUUUGGCAACAUGCGGAAUGACGCCUCCUUCUGGUUUUACAUGCCCUCCUUUAGCCUAAUUUCAUUGCAUGCAUGGAAAUUCGCAGGAUUCACAUCU